AUUCAUUUUUCAUUUCGAGGAAUGUCUGUGUGUAUUGUGUUACCCGUGUACAACGCGGAAAAGUGGCUCCCGGAGACGCUGACAAGUGUCUGUGACCAGACUUUCCAGGGGGACUUGACUCUCUCUGUUUAUGAUGACUGCUCGACCGAUGGAUCGUUGGAAGUGGUGUACUCAUUCGUGUCGAAAUUGGAAGCCAGGAAUGUGAAGGUGUUGGCGAUUAAGGGAACGAGUCGUGGUGGCGUGGGAUUUGCGAGAAACAAGGCCGUGGAACAGUGUCGAGCGGAAUUUCUCUGUUUUCUCGACGCAGAUGACGUUAUGCGGCCGGAAAGGAUCGACAUCCAGCUUCGAGCAGCUAAAUUACAUCCGAACGCCAUUAUUGGAAGCAGGGUCACCAGGAAUCCUCCAGACUCGACGCAACGUUUCACUCGCUGGGCCAACAACCUGGACCGAGUCAAACUUGCAACUCAAAUUUUCACUUCUCACGGUCCAACAUUAUUGAUGCCGACGUGGUUUUGCGAUCGACGUGUGUUUGAACGUGUCGGAGGGUUUGAAGAAGGUCACGGGUUCCCAGAGGACCUUGCGUUCUUCUACCGACACUUGGAUAUUUGUGAAAAUUUGAACGUUGAACCCGGGGAAUCGCUGUUUCGGUGCAGUGACGCAUUAGUUGAGUAUCGACACGUUCCGGGGUCCGCAACAUUUAGUGUUAGCGAGGAAGUAAUCUGGAAUAUCAGAAUGCGAAGGCUUCUUGAGCUAGUUUUGUGCAAAUGGGACAAGUUUACCAUCUGGAAUGCUGGGAAACAAGGAAGAAGAUUCUACAGGAGUUUGGGAGCAGAUCUUCGAAGUAAGGUCAACGCAUUUUGCGACGUGGAUCCAAAGAAAAUUUCCCAAGCCGUUUACAUCUGUGAGGAUGAGAUAGCGAAGAAAACUGGGAAGCCUAAAGUCCAAAUCUUGCCAGUUUCAGCACAAUUGAGGCCAUUCGUCAUUUGUGUCAAACUUGACUUGACUGGAGGCCAGUUUGAAGCUAUCCUGAGCCAGAUGGAAUUGCAGGAAGGAGUGGACUAUGUUCUUUUCAGCUGAGGUUAGCUAUGAAGUCUUACUU